CAAUAUUCUAUCAUGUCUUCCUCGAUCAACUUGUUACCUGUUGGUGCCGUGCAUGGAAUUCCCAUUUCCACAUCUUCCAAAAUCACGAAUUCCUGCAUCGUUACAGUGAAGCCGAUGACAGUGGCUCAGCAGGUUCAAUCGUCGCGGGGAGUGAAGCGAUCCUUGUCGGACUCCGACGAUGAACCAGAAAUCCUCCGGUGCAAAAGGAGGAUCGACUUCAGUAAAUAUGGUUACAAUUUACCCAAAGCUCAGCCACAGGCAGUGGCCAGAAGAAACGAGAGGGAAAGAAAUCGCGUGAAGCAGGUGAAUUUAGGCUUCGCAACCCUUCGAGAGCAUGUACCAUCUGGUAACAAGUCUAAGAAAAUGAGCAAAGUGGACACUCUGAAGUCAGCCGUGGAUUAUAUCAAGUACCUGACCCAGCUGUUGGACGAACACGAUGCGGUGGCCGCUGUCUUUGAUUCAGGACUCUCACCGUCAGGAUCAGGGGUUCUCUCACCCACACCCAGCUUUACAUCGGAAUCCUCGUACGAACACCUGAGUGCCGAAGACGAGGAGUUGUUAGACUUUCCCAACUGGUUCCACUGAAUCCAAAAUAUCAAUCCGUCCAACGUGGAUGAUAAGAAUUAAAAUCAGCUAAUACCAAGAAAGCUGCAUCCGUACAGAAGGUGAAUCUGGCCCCAGGUACCGAUCCUUACUGAGACUGACACAGCGGUUAACCCGUGCCCGCGUAAUGGCACUCCAGAGUGAGAACCGACAAGUAGUCCAUCAAUCGCGGAUGAAGCCACUGCCUUGAGUCGUGAUGCGGUCGUUCCUUGUCGACGAUCCAUAUUCAAACUGGAGCCUGCUGGAUGGCGCGUAAAUGGAGGAGUGUAAAGGGCACGUCGGUGCCUCAGAACCUGGCCCACCUCAAUAACUUUUGAACGUGUUUACACUGUUUCAAAGAAAAUGUAAAUAAUAUAUUUUAAGAUAAUGUAUACUUUUUUUCUGAUAACAGAGAGUUUUAUGAAAGCCACUGUUAACUGUUAUGAAUACUUUCGUCAACAUUCCAUGGCCGAAAUGCUCAACGAUAUACAGUGUUUUUGGAUGUGCAGGCAUUUGAGCUACAUUUGUUUUGACACAUCUAUACCAAUGGCUAGACGCGAUGUGAAACAUUGCAUCAAAUGUGCUAUGCAAAUGAUAUGAUACUAAUUUAUAAGUUGUCUGUAAUAUUGAAAAUAUUUGUUUGAAUAUUUGUUUAUGUCCACAGCUGAUGUGUAUGAAAUCACGACCUGUAUAUAUUAAGAGUUUAUCAAAAACUGUAAAUA